AAGCGUUCGCUGGGCUCGAAAAGGAAGCUGCCAGACCAUUGUCGGUGCAUUCAAAGUUUGGGAACAGAUGCAAAAUUUUGACUGCUGGAGACGCGGCCGUCGAGAUGGUGCCUCGGCUCGCGGGUCUGCUCUGGCAAGGCAAAGCCAUCGCGCGCGGCCGAUGCGGCGAAAACGCAUGCAAUAUCAAAGCGCAUUUGCAACAACUUGUGCCGCGGUACAUGGACCUCGUUCAAGCUAACUUUUGGUGCGACGAUUGCCUCCCCGGCGAGAAUUCAGCGGGCUUCGGCGAAAGGGUGCACGGCGCGCAGAAGGGAAACAUGCAGCUUCAGGGCCCGCGGCACUCGCGCGGGGGUGGCAGGCGGAAGUUUUUUUAAUCGUCGAAUGAGGGGCGCAAUGGGAAGUUGCAGGCAAGCGCGAAUUCGAAUUCGCAGAAUCCAGUCCGCUCGAUCCUUGCGAGACUAUUGCUUGGUAUGUUCGGGAGGUUGGAGUCGGGCAUCCCUUCUGUUUGAAAGGGCCCAUCGUAGAAACCUCUUGGAUGCUGAAUCGCUGGCCAACCUUGCAGAAACCCUCUCCAAUGCUUCUAUCUUGACGCAUGUAUUCGGAGAGAGGAAUUGUUCCAGUGAGCGACGUUGCAUCUUAUCGCUCCAGCAACGGCGGCGUCGCCGUUUUCAGAGCAGCAUGCUGCGCCGAUAUCCGUUUCGGCGCAGCCCCUUCGGUCCCGCGUUCUUUCGUUAUCGGCAUAGUGCGCGACCGUCAAUUGGACGGUGCGUUCAGCCCCGCGGGCGCGCAUGUGGCACUGGAGGAGCGCCAUGGCGGCUGCCGCGGGCAUCCCAGGAGGGCUCCCGCCACCGCCCAGCGCCCUCGGCCUGAGGCUCUGGAGCGGCGCGCUGCCCCUGUGGUUGCACCGCAGCCACGGUAGCAGCUCGUCCACCGCCGGGCCGCUGGAGGUGCCUGUGCUAAACAGGGGCGUCUCCGCGGCACAGGGCGCGGUCGAGAGCGCCGUCUUUGCGGGGAUCGCCUGCGAUCAGCACUGCGGGGUGCCCUGCUGGAUCGAGGAUCGGAACCUCUGCGUCGAGACGCGCGAGGGGACGGUCUUGACCCUGGCGAGCCUCUUCCUCGCGGAGGUCUCAUGCGAGCCGCUGCCCGUAGACCUGGGUCGGGAGGGCUCCACCCCAUCGGACGCUCCGAGGCUCAGUUUGCUGGCCAUCGUUCCGUCGGAGAAUGGCGCAGGGCUGCGAGGCACAACGCCGGGCGGCCAGGACAUGACAGGAGCGCCGAUAUGGUAUGUCGUGUUCGAGGCCCUGGACGGCGAGAGGACCGCUGUGCUGGACGAGCUGAGCCAG